CUCAUACGUCCUCUGCCUGCAGUGUGUGGACGAUGUCUGCUGCUGUGAGACUUACCAAAGAGAUGCUGACUUUGGCCGCCUUUAUGCUCCUCAUCCCUGCAUACCGGUGUUCUGUAACAAAUGAUUCUCCAUUUACACUCACUAAUAGGGCCUCUGGAGUUUGCAUGCUGAAAAAACUGUCCCGCUGCCUUGACAUGCGCUGGACGACAGGCAACAGGAUUUUUGUAACCACCACAAGAAAGUGCCUGGGCGCGCAGGGCAAAAGCGUGGGCAGUGAAGUGAACCAGUACGACUGUGACAACAAGAGUUACCUCCAAAAGUGGGAAUGCAAGAACGGAACGCUGCUCGCUCUCAAAGAUCAGCAGCUUUUCAUUGAAGUCAAGGCUGAUGGAUCGAUGGCGCUUUCCAGGACUGUUGGGCCAAAUAAUCAGCUCACAAUCACUGGGACAUCUAGUGGUGCCUGUUCAAGAACAAACAGAGUGCUUUACAGCAUUGGUGGAAAUGCAUUCGGGAGGAUCUGCAUGUUUCCCUUCAUGUACAAGGACCGCUGGUUUGCAGACUGCACUACAUAUGACUCCUCAGUGAAACGUGCCUGGUGUGCAGUGGAAACCAAAUAUGAAAAUGAAAAGUGGGGAUACUGCCCAAGUUCUUCCACAGAGCACUGGAGCAAAAACGUGGUAACAGGAGCAUAUUACCAGAUGAACCCGCAGUCUGCUCUGACUUGGGCACAGGCUGAAACCAGCUGCAAACAGCAGUCUGCCUACCUGCUCAGCAUCACCAGCCCCAACCAGCAGGCCUUCGUCUCAGCAUUAAUCGGACCAGCUAGAAAUAAACUUUGGAUCGGCUUAGUUUUGAAUCCUGAACACGGUUGGCAGUGGAGCGAUGGGAAACCUUUUUGCUACCUGAGAUGGGAUGCUGGCAACCCACUUCCAAAUCCAGGAUACAACUGUGCUUUUCUUGACUCUACUGGCCAGCAUAAAUGGCAAAGUUCAUCCUGCACCAAGAAACUGGGAUACAUCUGCUACAAAGGCGGUGCCCCGCCAGCUCCACCACACAUUGAGCAAGGAUUUUGUUCAAGCCCCUGGAUCCCUUACAAUGGCCACUGCUUCCAUCUGAAGCGCACAUCUCAAACAUGGUCUGAUGCUCGGACAGAGUGCCAAAAGGAAGGAGCUGACCUUGUGAGCAUCCGUGAUGUGGAAGACCAAAGCUUUGUCAUCUCUCAACUUGGAUAUGGAGCCAGUGAUGAACUUUGGAUUGGACUGAAUGACAGGAAGACAGAGGGACUGUUUGAGUGGACUGACCACACAACUGUCAGCUUUACUACCUGGGAGUACGGGGAACCAUCGAUCUCCUCCUCAGAGACAGAAGACUGCGUUUUCAUCAGAGGGGAGAAUGGAAACUGGGCAGAUGGCACGUGUGAUGACAAACAUGGUUCUAUAUGUAUGAAACAAAGUGCCGCUGAAGCAACCGGACCGGAAGAAGAGAGGGAUUUUGGCUGCAAAGCUGGUUGGAGAAGACACGGAUCCUUUUGCUAUCUUGUAGGAACGCAGACAAAGACAUUUGAUGAAGCUAAAGAAGACUGCAUGAGCUAUGAAUCCUAUUUAGCAGAUGUCUCAAAUGGGGUGGACAAUGCAUUCCUUGUGAGCCUGGUGGGGCUGAGAGCGGAGAAGCACUUCUGGCUUGGGCUUUCAAAUCAGAAAAACAUUGAUAUUUUCAUCUGGACCAACAAACAAAUUGUGACAUUUACCCACUGGAACUCUGGAAUGCCAGGUUACCAACAAGGCUGUGUUGCCAUGGCAACUGGGACAUCAGCUGGACUCUGGGAUUUGCUGCCAUGCACCAAUACAGAAAAAUACAUCUGCAAGCACCUAGCAGAGGGCGCAGUUUCAACAAAUCCACCGCCGACUCAAAAGCCUCCCCAAUGUCCAGAAGGCUGGAAGCAAGUGGGAACCAGGAGCGUCUGCUCGAAGUUUUUCACAGGGCCUCGCUCACAGGAGAAAACGUGGUUUGAGGCCAGAGAUUACUGCAAGGCCAUUGGGGGAGAUCUGUUGAGCAUCCACAACGCUGCUGAGCUGCGUUUGGGACGGGGUGGAAAAGGUUGGAUUGGCCUUCAUAUCUCUGAUACAAACAUUGGUUAUGCAUGGACUGAUGGAACCCCGUUUAAUUUCCAGCACUGGCAGGAUGGGGAGCCAAACAAUUUUAAUAAUGACGAAUCUUGUGUUGAAUUUGUCAUACACAAUUGGGAUGAGCAAGGCUCGUGGAAUGAUCUGAACUGUGAAAGUUACAAUGACUGGCUGUGUCAGAUCCGCGCAGGAGUGACGCCAAAACCACCUCCGAAUGACACAGUGGUCGAAUAUAACACCACAGCGGAUGGUUGGCUUAUAUGGAGAGGGAAGCAGUAUUUCAUUAACAGAGUCUCAAAGUCCAUGGAGGAAGCUCGCUACUUCUGCCAGCAAAGACACGGGGACUUAGUGUCGAUAGAGAGCAAAGAUGAAAAUAAUUUCAUAUGGAAACAGGUGUCCAGAAGCUAUGGGUCAUUUUAUAUCGGUAUGUCGGUGGAUCUCGAUGGGUCAUUUUGGUGGAUGGAUGGUACGCCACAGACAUUUCAAAGAUGGGACGAGAAUCAGCCGAAUUCUGAAACCUUUGAUGAGAACUGUGUCAUUCUGACUUAUCACAUGGGGUACUGGGGAACUACUAACUGUGGAAGAGAGAUCCAGUCCAUCUGUAAACGAGUAAUCUCACCUCCUGUCAACUCGACCGCAGCCCCGACGCCUCCUCCUAAAGGCGGCUGCACACCCCCAUGGAGAAAAUUUGGCAAAAAGUGUUACAACAUUGUUACUGAACGCAAGAUCACCUGGGAAGAUGCGCGGAAACAGUGUGUCAUGAUGCGAGGAAAUCUGGUCUCCAUUCCCUCGAGACAAGUGCAAGCAUUUUUGACCAUCAGAAUGGCUGACGUGGGAGCAACAGACUUGUGGAUUGGCUUAAAUAGUUUAAGACAAGAUGGAUUUUACUGGACGGAUGGAAGAGUGCGGAAAUACACCAACUGGGGUUAUUCUACAAAUCAACGUCGACCUGGAACAUUUUAUCAAAGAUGGAACGAGGAAGAUUGUGUAGCGAUGACCAGCAAUUCUGCUUUCGGGAUCGGUAAAUGGUGGAUUAAGUCCUGCACGGACGUCAACGGAUUUGUCUGUCAUAAAAAUCUGGACUCAUCUAUCCCGGAUCAACCAGAACCAAUAGACCCCAACAUCUACGUCCGUCUGGGAAACGACAGCAUAAAAGCCGUGACUCAAAAUCUCACGUGGGAAGAUGCCAUGAAGCGCUGCACAGGUGACAAGGCCAACCUGGCCAGCCUACGAAACGAAUGGACACGGGCAUAUGUCGAGCUCCUGGCUAUAAACCUCAGAGCUCCUCUGUGGAUCGGACUCAACAAAGCGCAGACCGGAGGCUACUUUCGGUAUAUUGAUGGCUGGCACAUGAGCUCUGCCAACUGGGCUGAAUCAGAACCACAAAGAGACAGACCUUGUGUUUACAUAGAUGAGGACGGAGCAUGGAGAACGGCGUUCUGCAACCAGUCCAUGAAGAGUGUCUGUAUGCAGUCCACAGAUGUGCCACCAACACUCUCCACCACCUUUCCUGGACGCUGUCCCGAAGAUACGAAUCUGGAGUCCCAACAGAGCUACACCUGGCUGCCAUACAAGGGUCACUGCUAUCUGUUUAUCACGGAUGAAAUUGAAUGGGCAGAUGCAGCAACCAGCUGUGUAAGGCACGGUGGAACCCUCGCAAGCAUUGAAGAUCCUCUUGAGCAACAAUUCAUCCAAAGCAAUAUAGAGAUAUUCCAAGACAGCCACACGUCCUUCUGGAUCGGCCUGUACAAAACACACAAAGGGACGUGGUUGUGGUUGGACCAAACGGUCAUGGACUACGUUAACUGGGACGUAGACGAGCCUGAGUCUGACUACGGUGCCAUCACGACCGUGAGUGGGGCUUGGAAUUCAGGUCGCAGAUGGCACGACCGCUCAUACAUUUGUAAAACCCCCAAAGUGUUGGGCACAGAUUCAGUUGUUAAUCCUGAACCUCCACAUCCGGACAGUCGCAGUCGUGUCCACACAAGUGUGGUAGUGGUACUACUCGUUGCCAUCACCUCCACACUGAUAGUCGCUGGAUUGUUACUGUACAAGAAGUCUCCGCAACUCUUAACCACCAUUGAAAAUCCACUCUACUUCAACAGCGAUCAGCCUCAGCCGGAUGUGGUCGACACCAAUAAACUGAUCGAGAAUGCAGAAAACCCUGAGCCUAUUUUAACUCUGUGAUUUGUAAAGUUGCACAAACAAUCAGGACAUAAAUUUAACUGUAUACACGCUCAUGUUAGACCUAAUUUUUGUGGGGGUUUUUUGAUUCAGCAUAAUUCAGUUAUUUAACAUUAUAAUUACAAUGUGUGCGUUUCAGUGGAGUUGGAAAUGUCUAACAUCAUGGAACAGAACUAUUUAGGCUCUAGGAUGUCUUAGUGGGAAUCAUUAGGAUUUGAUUUUAAUUUUUUUUUUACAUUUUUUUUUUCCUUUCUACGUAUGAUUAAAUGUAAAUAAUAUGUUCAUGUGGUCUUCGUGACCUAAACGCUGUUAAUUGCUUGUGUUCUUAAAAUAUGUAAAGAGAUCACUACCUGUUACUUAUUAAAAAA